GGUGGCUUUCUAAAAGAUGACCAUAGAGGAACUUCCUGACCCUUCUGAAGAUGAAGUUUCAUUAAGUAGAAGACACCAGUAUUUUAUCUUGGGCUCUGAAGAUCCAAUUACACAUUCAGUCUCUGCUGCACCAAUGCCUUCAGAAUAUGAGUUCUCUUUUUUUGAUCCAAAUGAUGCAGCAUGCCAGGAAAUUCUUUUCAAUCCCAAAACAUCUGUGUCUGAAUUAUUUGCUAUCUUAAGACAGUGGGUUCCCCAAGUUCAGCAAAAUAUUGAUAUAAUAGGAAAUGAGAUCAUUAAGAGAGGCUGUAACGUGAAUGAUAGAGAUGGCUUGACUGACAUGACUCUUUUGCACUAUACUUGCAAGUCAGGAGCUCAUGGAAUUGGGGAUGUGAAAACAGCAGAAAAAUUUGCCUCUCAACUUAUUGAGUUGGGUGCAGAUAUCAGUUUGAGGAGUCGCUGGACUAAUAUGAAUGCUCUGCACUAUGCUUCCUAUUUUGAUGUUCCAGAACUCAUUACUAUUCUUUUGAAAAAUGCAAAACCAAAAGAUGUUGAUGCCACUUGCAGUGACUUUGAUUUUGGAACUGCCUUGCAUAUUGCUGCCUUCAAUUUAUGUACUGGAGCUGUAAAGUGUCUAUUGGAAAAUGGUGCUAACCCUGCUUUUAGGAAUGACAAAGGGCAGACACCUGCUGAUGUGGUUCCUGAUCCAGUAGAUAUGCCAUUGGAAAUGGCUGAUGCAGCAGCUAGCGCUAAAGAAAUCAAACAGAUGCUUAUAGAUGCAGUACCUCUGGUUUGCGACCUUUCCAAUAUAAUGCUUCCAAAUUAUGAUAAUGUCACUGGAAAAGACCCGCUUGAAUCCCUUGGUCUAAAACUGGGAGAUCGAGUUGUCAUUGCAGGACAGAAGAUUGGCAUAUUACGAUUUUGUGGCAUGACAGAAUUUGCAAGUGGGCAGUGGGCUGGUAUAGAAUUGGAUGAACCUGAUGGCAAAAAUAAUGGUACUGUUGGAAAAGUACAGUACUUCAAGUGUGCUCCAAAACAUGGUAUCUUUGCACCACUCUCUAAAAUAAGUAAAAUUUCUGGACACAAAAAAGGUACAAAAACUGCUUCUUCACGACCUUUGCCUAUAAUCAGAUCCAAGAAAAUUGAUGUAACCCACAUAACCUCUAAAGUGAAUUCUGGUUUAUCAAGAAAAGAUGGUACUUCCAAUUCCACAUUUGUAGGCAGUGAAGAAGUAAAGAAAACUGUGUCAGGUAAACAAGCAAAUUACCUUGGUUCCAGUAGCUCUUCAUCAUCAACUAUAUCAUUAGACAGCAAGCUGAAUUGUCCCAAGAAAUGUAAUUCUGCAAGUAAGAAGAAGAAGGAAAACUUGAAAGACCACCCAAAUUCAUCCAAAUCUAUGGCUGAAGGAGAUAAUAUUUUUCUAUCUGGAAAGAAAAAAAUAUUUGAUGAAGGAGAAAUUCAGAUUGGAGAAAAAGUACUGGUGGGACAAAGAACUGGAAUAGUUAGAUUUUAUGGGACAACCAAGUUUGCGCCAGGGCUUUGGUAUGGCAUAGAACUGGAUAAACCUCGUGGCAAGAAUGAUGGCUCAGUUGCAGGCAUACAGUACUUCAGAUGCCCCCCCAGAUAUGGUGUUUUUGCACCACCAUCUAGAGUACAAAAGUUAACAGGAUCACUAGAAUCUCUCACAGAUACUUCAAGUAAAAUGAAUCAUUCUUUCCCUGGUUUCCAACGGAGUUUCAGUACAACCUCUGCAGCUUCACAAAAAGAGAUAAACAGGAGAAAUUUCUUUGUCAAAUCAAAAAAUUCUUCUUUGCGUCGUAGUUGGAGCAACACUACUACUACAAGCACAGAUGCCCCAGUGAAAUUACAUGAAGGCUCACAGGUCCUCCUGACCAGCUCCAGUGAGAUGGGCACAAUUCGCUACAUUGGGCCCACCAAUUUUGCUCCAGGCGUUUGGCUUGGCCUGGAACUUCGGAGUGCCAAGGGCAAGAAUGAUGGUUCUGUGGGCGACAAGCGAUAUUUCAGUUGCAAGCCAAAAUAUGGACUCUUGGUGCGUCCAAGUCGAGUAACUUAUCGUGGGAUUAAUGGAGUGAAACUUGUUGAUGACAUCUGUUGAAGAAUAUUGUUUCACUUAAGAUGAGGCUCUUACAGAAACAUGAGGAAAACCUGACUUGCCUGCAUGGAACCCUCUCUUUACCUAACAUCCUAAAGCUUCGUGGCACUAAGAUGUUCACAGUUUGGAAGUGUGCACAAUGAGAUCUUAGUAGCUUUCACUGUAAAACAUUUCUUGCUUGAAUACUUCUUGUAUUAGAAACAUCUUGGAUAUGAGCUGCUCUGUUACUCCAAUAAUAGCUAUUAUUCGAACUAACUCCAUUGAGAGUUUAAGAGACAGGCUUUGUCUCUUCAAAAUAAGUUUUUCAUCCUGUAUUUUAGUGAAGCUAUAAUGCAUCAAGAGAUCAUACAGCUUGUUAAAUAACUGUUUAAACUGCUUUCUCUAGAAAAAAAAACAGUAAGGUAGAAAAGCAAGGGGGAAAGAACUCUGGGAAGCUGUUAGCUUUAGACAGUUCCCUGGAAGCACAAAUGAUCAGUGGAAAGAAAACUCUGAAAAGCAGAAUUUGCUUACUUGAUAUGACAUGGAAGCUACAAAAAACGUAUAUUUUCAGUUUUCCAGCAAAAGCACUUUUAAACUCUCUCUGUGUGUACGUGCAAACACGCUUAAAGAAUAGGUAUGCCAGAAGCACUUUAAAAAAAUAACCGCCUUUGGGACAUUUAGUGUGCACUUUCAUUUCCCCUGAAGUAUUUUCUAUGAUCCUUUGGAUAAACUGUUUGGUAAGUUAAGACUAUAGACUGUAGCGUUGCACCAGUUAUAUGUGUCCCAAGUACUGUAUCCAGAAGAGGUUAGGAGAUCAAAAAGUAUUAAGAUCCUGGAGAAAUAUGUUCUUGGAUAUACAACCUCUCCUGCUUCAGAAAACAUGCACUUCCUUGCUAUGGCAGGUGGGAAUGCAGUUACUUGGUGUCUAAUAGUAUUAUCUUCAACUCUCCAGGAUGAUUUGAUCAUGAUUGCCUUUCAGGAACUGAAAUUGCAGAAACUCUGAAUGUUUUGCUGUAUUUUUAAGUGUUUCUUUGACUACCGCAGGCGCUAGGCUGUUUUACAGCCAAUACAUCAAGCCAGAGGAAAGUUCAGCUGAAUAGAAGUUGACUACUUAGCCUGCAGACCAACAGAAGCCAACAUAGAUGCCAAAAAAUUAUGUGCAAAUCUAUAGUUUGCUACCUGCAUUCAAAAUACAUUUUAAAAAAGUAUUAUAGACAUUUUUGUUAGAAAAAGAUGGUCACAGUAUUGUGUGUUUGGUAUAUCUUUAAAAGAAAUGUCAAACAUCUUUAAGGCAUUGGAUAACAUAAUUCUAAAAUGGCUUUACUUUAAGGAAUUAAUUGCAAAAUAAUAAUAUUGGAAAAACAAAUGCUUUUAAGGAUUUUGCUUUUGGCAAGAUUUAUUUAAUCUAUAUAAAAUGUUUAUGAUAUUUUCAGCUUUGUUAGAAGAAAUUUUCCUGAUUUAUAUUUCUCAUGAUAUAGCAGCACCUUUACUUUUAUUAAUGAAUACUUUUGACUAAGGGAAAUAGUUGAUAAUAUGGCUAUAAGCUUAUUUUUAGUUGUAAGAUCAUGUAAAAAGUAGUUAAUGAAUUUAAGGAAGAAGUUGCACUUUGACGUUUGAUAUUUCCUAAUCCAAAAUUUGCUUUCUUAAUAGUUAAAUUUUAUUUUGUUAUUUAUUUAUAUUGAUAGGGUUAUUACUAAGCAUGGUUGUGCAAAUCUUUUGAAAGACGUGUUUAGUAUACAUAGGAGUGUGUGCAAAGCUGCUCUCUUCUCUUUCCAAGGUUCCUCUUUUCAAGGCUCAUGGAAUUCAUAUGCUUUUUGAGGUUCAAGAGUUGUACAUGUGUAUGAAACAAGUUACUAUAUUAAGCAUCAUGAGGCCUAGGAAAAGAAGCAUCUGCCUUAGAAUUCCAAUAGGGAUGCUGCCACCAGUAAUACAAAAUAAAGUAUAAGUUUUAAAAUUCCAUUUAUGUCUGUAAAACCUGAAAUUUCAGAGAAACUCAAGAGCAACAAUGUAAUCACUGAUAUGCUCCUUGGUGCUCAUUAGGCAAUUCACCCCACUUGAAUUCAAAGAUUCUUUUAGUCAAGCACAAUAAAUGGCAAUCUAACAUGCUAUGAAACACCAGCCUCAUACAUUAUCUGUAUUUCCAACAGUGCCUUUGGGCUCCACAGAGAUCCAGCCUAGUUCAGGGCCUCAUUUGCCUUCAGGUAAAGUCUUCAUCAUGACCAGUCCCAUGGUUGCAUCUGUUUUAUAAUAUUGCCCAAAACAUUCUCUCGAAGUUCCAUGUGUUCUCAUCGAGCACCUCCCUCAAUGAAAAACUUUGUUUUAAUUGGUCUGUAGAUAUCUUGAUGUUGAACAUAAAAGUGUUUAUACAUUCCUUGUAUACUGUAUUUUUUGCAUUAUAUUUCUCUUUCACCCUCUUCAUAUUUGACUAAUGAAGCUUCCAAGGAAAUGCUUAAUAUAAUUAAAGAGUAAAAA